GUGAAAUAGCUUUCUUCUCUGUUUGCCUCUCCAUAUUUCUUUUCCGCUGCCUUCCUCUCCCGGUUGCAGGGAUUUGUCCUCGGAAAGAAUGGGGGUGGGAGGGAGCAGGGACUGGAAGCAGCAGGAAGCGGGAGGAGAGAAAGCCGGGAUCUGGCCUUUGUCAUUGGCUGGCUGCGGCCUGAUGGAUGAGCGGGGGCGGCGGAGCCUCAGUGCUGCUUUCUGACCGAGCCGAAGUGCACAACCGUAUUCCCAGGUACAUGUGACGGCGCUGCAGCUAGGAGUGGAAUUUUAAAGGGGAAGCUUGCAGACAUGGACAGCUCCUCACUCCGCUCCUCCGCACAGGAAGCAGAUGAUGACGUUUUUAGCUGUGACAGUGCUGAAAGUGUUGGCAGUGUCAGUCUGUCUGCACCUAGUCAAUUACCUGAAAAAACAAAGGAACUAUCAACAUACUGAAAAAGUAUUUUCAGAAACAUAGAGCCUUCAAAAGUAUUCUGGAAUUCAUGAGAUCACAAGGUGGCUGGAAGAGUAAAGCUAGGACGGCUGGACAAAGGAAGAAAACCCAUCGCCCGCGAGCUGUAACCCAUAAGCAAGGGCGCGCUGCUCCUGCAGUGCCGGCAGCACACGCCUUUCACUCUGCCGUGUAGAAAUGCCCAUGCGUACAAAGGCCCUGGAGAGAAAUCUAGUCAAUGAAACUCGAUUUACUUAUGAUCCUUGUGGUACAUGUAACAUCGCUGCAGCUAUGAGUGGAAUUUUAAAGAGGAAGUUUGAAGAAGUGGAUGGCUCCUCGCCCUGCUCCUCUGUGCGGGAAUCCGAUGAUGAAGUUUCCAGCAGUGAAAGUGCUGACAGCGGGGACAGUGUCAAUCCAUCCACUUCUAAUCAUCUCACCCCAUCCUCCAUCCUCAAGAGGGAGAAGCGAUUGAGGACCAAGAAUGUGCAUUUCAGCUGUGUCACCGUGUACUACUUCACCAGGAGACAGGGCUUCACGAGUGUGCCCAGCCAGGGGGGCAGCACGCUGGGGAUGUCCAGCCGCCACAACAGCGUGCGCCAGUACAGCCUGGGCGAGUUCGCGCGGGAGCAGGAGCGGCUGCACCGGGAGAUGCUCCGAGAGCACCUCCGCGAGGAGAAGCUGAACUCUCUAAAACUCAAGAUGACUAAAAACGGCACAGUGGAGUCCGAAGAAGCUAGCACUCUGACGGUGGAUGACAUUUCUGAUGAUGAUAUUGAUUUAGACAACACAGAGGUGGAUGAGUACUUCUUUUUACAACCCCUGCCGACAAAAAAGCGGCGAGCCCUGCUGCGAGCCUCUGGAGUGAAGAAGAUAGACGUGGAAGAAAAGCACGAGCUGAGAGCCAUCCGCUUGUCACGGGAGGACUGUGGGUGUGACUGCCGAUUGUUCUGUGAUCCAGAAACGUGUACCUGCAGCCUGGCAGGCAUCAAAUGUCAGGUGGAUCGCAUGUCUUUCCCAUGUGGCUGCACAAAAGAAGGGUGCAGUAACACAGCAGGUAGGAUUGAGUUUAAUCCCAUCCGUGUCCGGACUCACUUCUUGCACACAAUAAUGAAACUUGAACUGGAGAAAAACCGAGAGCAGCAAAUUCCCGCCCUGAAUGGCUGCCACAGUGAGAUCAGCGCUCACAGUAGUUCCAUGGGCCCCGUCGCUCACUCCGUAGAGUAUGCGAUCACGGACAACUUUGAGAUUGAAACUGAGCCCCAGGCCGCAGUGCUGCACCUGCAGUCGGCUGAGGAACUGGACUGCCAAGGAGAGGAGGAGGAAGAGGAGGAGGACGGGAGCAGCUUCUGCAGUGGAGUCACCGACUCCAGCACACAAAGCCUGGCCCCCAGCGAGUCAGAUGAGGAGGAAGAAGAGGAGGAGGAAGAGGAGGAGGAGGAAGAUGACGAUGAUGACAAAGGUGACAGCUUUGUGGAAGGUUUGGGAACCCAUGCUGACGUUGUCCCUCUUCCUUCUGUGCUGUGUUAUUCGGAUGGCACUGCGGUUCAUGAAAGCCACACAAAAAACACUCCUUUUUAUGCCAACUCCUCUACUCUGUAUUACCAAAUAGAUAGCCACAUUCCAGGGGCUCCGAGCCAGAUCUCUGAGAACUAUUCUGAAAGAGAUACUGUUAAAAAUGGUACCCUUUCGCUGGUGCCUUAUACCAUGACCCCAGAGCAAUUCGCUGACUAUGCCCGUCAAGCCGAAGAGGCGUAUGGUGCCUCCCACUACCCUGCUGCCAACCCCUCUGUAAUCGUGUGCUGCUCCUCUUCUGAAAAUGAUGGUGGGGUGCCCUGUAAUACCUUAUAUCCAGAACAUAGGUCCAAUCUCCCUCAAGUGGAAUUUCACUCAUACUUGAAAGGCCCUUCCCAGGAAGGGUUUGUCUCCACAUUGAAUAGUGACAGUCACAUUUCAGAGCAUCCUGCUGAAAACCCUUUGAGCCUUGCAGAAAAGAGCAGAUUGCACGAGGAGUGCAUCAAGUCACCUGUGGUUGAGACUGUCCCUGUGUAGCGG